ACCUCGGGCCUUUUCCCUGAGUUCCCAGGCCUGUGGGAGAUGCCUGGGCCCUCUCCAUGACCUUGGUACCCGCUUGCCGUCCUUAUGGGUCCUGUCUUUCUAGUGCCUUCUCCUGCCCUCUGUAAGGCACCUUCUAGGCCCAGCUGUGGGGCAGACAGCAGUGGCCAGGGAGGAUCUGACCCCUUUGGCCGGGGCAGAGCGACAGGUGGGCUGAAAGACGAGCCACUAAACAUGAUCCUGUGUGCAGGGCAGAGCUGCUCUGUUUCAGCCCCUCCCGGUGUGAGCAUGACUGCGCAGCUUUAUAUAGCACUGCGGGCCCUAUAUAAGAGGGAGGUGGCCUCAUCACAGGAGAGCACGGGGCGGCGGUGGCGCAGGAAGAGCCUGUAUGCGUUGUCGGAUCCGGGCCGGACACGUCCCUCCCCCGAGCAGUAGGGUCCCCGCAAGGUGGACCCAGCACAGCCCCCAGGAUGCCCAGCAGGACCAGCCGCUACGCCCGAUACAGCCCACGACAUCGGCGCCGGCGGAUGCUGGCCGAUCGCAGCGUGCGUUUCCCUAACGACGUCCUGUUCUUAGACCACAUCCGCCAGGGUGACCUGGAGCAGGUAGGGCGCUUUAUCCGGGCUCGGAAAGUCACCCUGGACACCAUCCACCCCUCAGGCCUGGCCGCCCUGCACGAAGCCGUGCUCUCUGGAAACCUGGAGUGCGUGAAGCUGCUGGUCAAGUACGGAGCUGACAUUCACCAGCGAGACGAGACUGGGUGGACGCCCCUGCACAUCGCCUGCAGCGACGGGUACCCUGACAUAGCCAGGUACCUCAUCUCCCUGGGGGCAGACAGAGACGCAGCCAACGACGAUGGAGACCUGCCUUCAGACCUCAUCGACCCAGACUUCAAGGACCUGGUGGAGCUCUUCCAAGGGACUCGGAUGGACUGAGCCCAGCCCUGC